ACGGAACAAGACGGAAACGGAAACUCAACAUAUAUUCCUAAUUUAACGUUUUUCCCCUCACAGUGCAUUAAAGAGAUAAAAGACUAGAGGGAAGGCAGCCAUGCGCCUGAACCGAGACGCCGAGGACGGCAAAGGUUCUCUGUCACUGGGCGUGUUCCUCGUGUCAGUCGGUCUCACCGUGUGCGUCGUGUGGCUCGUGGCGCUCUGCGGCGUCUGUGGAUGGUGCCAACGCAGACUGGUGAGUGAUGUCACUUCCUGUUUCAAGGGGAAGAGGAAUAAGCCAAGUUUGGACACGGCGAGUUCUCCAGACUCAGUGUCAGUUCGAGGUCGGGGCGAAAACAAAGCCAUCAAUGAUCUUGACAGAGACUUUUGGAAUAAUAAUGACAGCAGUAACGUUCAGCAGCGGUGGAGCUCCUAUCCUCCUAAAGAGUUUCUCUUGAACAUGUCUCCUUACGCUCCAUAUGGAGACCCUCGUCUAACACCCAAUGGCUCGUUGGAGAAGUGUGAGGCGGGAGGGGGGACAGGGGCCGGCCCCAGUCGCAGUGACAGCUCCAGGAGUGUAGAGGCAGGAAGCAGCAAGGCUGGGAAGUGGCAAACCGUCAAGAGCCACAUGCACUCCGGCAUCUUGAGGCCCAGCAAUUUUGGGGACACGUCCCCGCUGUCCACAGCAUCCACUUUGGAGCACAUCGCACCAUCGGCGUGUCGUCCACGGCCACUCGUCAGACAGCAGAGCCUCCAGCAGCCCCUGACCCCCCGGCCCCCUCCGCCGCCCAACGACCCUCCUGCCACCUCACAGAGCCUGGGGCAGUUACACAGUAGCUCCGGGGGCGGCGGGGGGCAGCGGGGGGGCGCAAGACCGGGGGCAAGGGGCAGCCCAGCCGCACCCGGGGCAUCUCGCUACAGAGCGGGCGCAGGGGCACGGUCCCGCUCCAACCCGGGCAGCUGGGAUCACAUGAUGGGGCAAAUACGCACCAGGGGCAUGGACGUCAAAUCCUUCUUGGAAGGUAAGAUGGUGGUGUUGUCUCUGGCGAUUGGCCUGGCCGAGCAGGAUGACUUCGCCAACCUGCCAGACCUGCAGGAGAAACCAGCGAACCAAGAAACUCCUCCUGGAGACAAGAGAGCCAUCGGGAACAAGGCCAACAGCAGUCCUAAAGGUCAGACCCCAGAUGAGAGCAACCGCCGCACGGACCCUAACUCCUCCGUCUCUGACCUCGCCAACUCCGUCACCAGCGACAUGCUCAUGUUGUCUCCAGGCUCUGAAGAGGAGGAACAUGAGGGUCCAGUGUGUGAGAAACUUGGUCGAAUACAGUUCAGCGUAGGCUACAGCUUCCAGGACUCCACACUUACCGUGAAGAUUCUUAAAGGCCAGGAUCUACCAGCAAAAGAUUUCUCCGGAACCUCAGACCCGUUUGUUAAAAUCUAUCUGCUACCAGACAAGAAGCACAAACUGGAGACUAAAGUGAAGAGAAAAAACCUGAACCCUCACUGGAAUGAAACUUUCCUGUUUGAAGGUUUCCCGUAUGAGAAGGUGGUCCAGCGCACUCUGUACCUGCAGGUGCUGGAUUAUGACCGAUUUAGCAGGAAUGACCCCAUCGGUGAGGUGUCCAUUCCACUCAACAAGAUCAACCUUGCUCACAUGGAGACUGUCUGGAAAGAGCUGAAACCGUGCAGCGAUGGCAGCGGGAGUCGAGGUGACCUAUUGGUGUCGUUGUGUUACAAUCCCACGGCUAACACCAUCACUGUGAACAUCAUAAAGGCACGCAAUCUAAAAGCCAUGGACAUUGGCGGCACCUCAGACCCCUAUGUGAAAGUGUGGCUAAUGCACAAAGACAAACGAGUGGAAAAGAAGAAGACGGUCGUAAUGAAGAGGUGUCUGAACCCAGUGUUUAACGAGUCCUUUCCUUUCGAUGUUCCUGCUCAUGUGCUGAGAGAGACCACCAUCGUCAUCACAGUCAUGGAUAAGGACAGGCUCAGUCGAAAUGAUGUCAUAGGCAAGAUCUAUCUCUCAUGGAAGAGUGGCCCUGCAGAGGUGAAACACUGGAAGGAUAUGAUGGGCCAUCCUCGCACUUUCGUUGCCCAGUGGCAUGCCCUCAAAGCUUAAUGGACCCACUCAAUAUCCCUGCCCCAAGAUUAAACCCACACCCACAAGCCCCUGUUAAUAUGCACAAGCUUGAACACGGGUACCAAAAGCCAUCCAACAUUUUCUCCUUUUCUGUCUUUUCUUCUACGUGUGACUUCUUUAUCUAGUUCUUUCCCGUUUUUCCUGAUUUGCACCUGCUAAGAUUCCUCUUUCCCUUUUUGCCAAAAAAAGAGGCUAAGCACUGCCAAGAAGAUUGUAAAAGUCCUGUGUUAUGUAAUGGAAAGCAGGCUUGUCUUCCUUCAGAUUAUUUAUUUUGACUGUUCAGUUGUCCGGGGAACAACCCAACGUCCAAACCAGGACGAUGGGACUUCCAACCAGCCGAAAAAAAGUUCUGCCCUUCUACUGCCAUGUUUUUGUAUUCCUUCCUGCAUUCCUCAUAUCCCCCUCAUGAAGAUCCACAUGGAUCGCCUCGCAGUGCAAUACUUGAUGGACGGAGAGAUGAACUCUACUUGAACCUCUUCACCAUCUCUUGCCGGUUUUUACCGGCACCAAGUGUAGAAACCCAUGUUUGCUGGAAUUCCUUGUCAUAUGUUUGUACCGUGGGUGCCGUGAUGUGACAAAAAAAGUUGGUGUUUAAAAAAAAAACUUUCUUUUUAUGGCUGGAUAAAAGGCUUACGGCGUUUGCAGACCUAAUUUGUUUUGAGUUUUGGUUUGAAUGAAAAUGGUGGGAACAAUUUUUGUCAAGAUACAGAUAAAGUUGGUGAAACCGGGAUGUUCCUGAAUCCGUUUUCCUUCGUUGUGCCCGGAUCAACUCCUGAGCCACUUAAAAACCUCCUCCAGAGCAUGAGUUAUUGUGUAGCUGUACAUUUCAGUUUCUAAAUAUAAAACCAAAUCUGAAAUUGUUUUGAUAUUGAUCAUGCAUUACUUUUAUUAUAGGGUGAAAUGAGGACGGUUAGGGUUUAUAAUUCGUAGCUAGGUAGCCUGCUGAGCUGAGUGGUGCUACACAUCCUAACAUAAUAUUUUCAAUGAUCAGCUGGUCAGUAGUUUUCCUCUGUGGAUGCUGAAUGCUGAGACCUUUAAGUGGCUCAGGAAAGGGCUGUUGAUACUGGUACAAUGAAGAGUUCACCCAGGAAUGGGUGAACUCUAAUCAUGCUGAUUAGCUGAGCUCACACAUCUGGAUCUUUAUGUGAAUCAGAUAUCUUUAUUCUUAAAUCAAACCUCACCUGAUUUAUAUCCGUACCUUCAGCUGCAUCCACCCAAACCAACAGAUACCAGUCUGAUACGACCAAAAGAACCAAAUAAUGAAGCGCCCUCGGUGCAAAUUACAAUCCAAAAGAUGCAAAACAUUCCAAUAAUAUAUCAGGCAGGGCAGGAGGAGAAGGACUUUUCAACUUCUUGUUGUUUUGAAGUCGAUUAAAAGGCUUCCAUGGAAGAGAGGUUAUGUGAUUGGUGGCAGCAGGGUGUGUGUGUGUGUGUGUGUGAUAUUAGACCAGUAGAACUGCACUAUUAUUAGCAGCUGCAAACCUGAUGCAGUGUGUGUGCUGCAUCACCCGCAUUAUUUUCUUAACCAGAUCACUGCCAGUGUUAAACAAAUCUUCUUAGUAGAGUUUAUUUUUUACGAGCCAAAGUAGUACUUUAAAACAAAAAAAAAUCCCACCUGCUGAGCAAAGGAUGAGCUUGAAGGGAAGUAGCAGUGCAAAAAUAUCAUGUAUCUCGUGUGUGAAAGUUGUAAUUUAUCCAGUCUUUGUCCUUAUGUCUGACUAGUGUAAGUAAGAGAGGUAGAUAUGUGAAUGUUCGUAACAGGAGCGAACCGAUUCAGGUGGAACUCGGCUCAUUAAUGCCGCUUAAAGCAAAUUAAUAAUAAUAAUUAUUCUAGAAUCCUUAUUUUACAUUCCAAUAGUUUACUGUAUUUUCUGGAUCGUAACCUUUUUAAAUGAUGCGAAGGCUAGCUUGUCUGGAUUGAAAUCACAGCAUUCCUUCAUUCCGAUUGCUAAUUUUGCUAGCACUGGUUUGAGCUAACAAUGCUAACAGAUUUAGCUACGGUAAAAAUGCAGCGUAACGUAACGAAACAAGGGUAGUGCCGUAACCGUGACAAAAGUUUCUGGUCUCAUUUGUCUGUAUCUUGUAAAUGAAGGUAUGAUACAUAUCAGAGCAGGCACUACUGUUAGCUUGGUGCUAAUCAGAAAUAGCAUCAGAAAUCUCACAGCAGUGCUAGCGGAUUUUUUUUUUGUGCUAGAGAGAUUCAUUGUCCAGAAAGUACAGUAUCUAUUGUUGCUCUUUAAAUAGACAAGUAUAAGCUGUGUGUGUGUGUGUGUGUGUGUGUGUGUGUGUGGCUUGAGGGCCUCUCAUGUUUGACUUUUGGGUUCUUUAUUUAUGGAACCUCUGGGUAGUGUUCCAGUCUCUACAGUAGGCAUGUUAUAUUUUUAGAUCUCUGACGCUUCAUGAAUUCUCUCAACACUUUGUCCUGGAAGAUAGCCUAGCUCCUUCUAAAUUAAAUGCAGAUAUAUUUGUUGAUUUAACAUUAUCACAUGUUGCCUUUAAUAACAUGAAUUGUGUGAUUUUGGUUAUCGGCACAAAACCUAUGGUGGCCGAGAAGUGCAAAACAAAAUCAGAAAACAUAAACAAAUCCGAAAAACAAAAUAACAAAUCCGGAAACAAAACAAAUCAGAAAACAAAAACAAAACAAACCCGGAAACAAAAACAAAACAAAUCCGGAAACAAAACAAAUAAAAAAAUAUUUAAAAAAACAAAGCCAAAAACAAAAUAACAAAUCAGAAAACACAAGGAGAAUUCAGACAACGCGGGAAAUAGUAGGAAUAGUUUUUGUGAAUGGAAUUCUUCCCUCUGAUUGGACGAGACAUCUGUCACUCAGGAUAUACAGGAAGUAGGAAAUUAUGUAUCUAACUUUAUUUCUUGUACAUGUGUAGAGUUCUGCCUUCACUUUAAACCAGUUUUUCUUUAAAUCUUUUAAAGACAAUAACAAACAUAUAUUUAUCUUUAUUAGAGUUCAUUCAGCGCUACUGUGAGGAAUACGGUGUGAUGUUGGAUAUACUGAUAGUGUAUCAUGGAGUAAAGAUUAGUUUGUGAUCUCUAAAAACACACCAGGAAUGUUUCGGAGACCAAACUAUUCCAGAUUAAAGGAUGUAAGGAGCGCUAUAAGAGCAGAGCUGUGUUCAUACACACACCAAUCCACUUUCUACUGCUGCAGAUACUGCUGGACUUCCUGUAGAUCCUGAGAGACAGAGGUCUCGUCCAAUCAGAGGGAAGAAUUCCUUUCGCAAAAACUUUUUCACCUACCUUUUUCACUUUGUUUGAAUCGUCCUUGUGUUUUCUGAUUUAUCAUGUUUUCAGAUUUGUUAUUCUGUUCCACUUCUCAGACACCGUACUCUAAACGUUCUCUAAAUAGUGAUCUAAAUAAUUUCUUAUGUAUGAGAGAACCUUAGCAGAAAUGAAAUGAGAAACAAAACUACUGGUAUAAUUUUCCUAAAACAAAAUAAUACAGUAAACCUGGUUAAUACAGGUAGCAGAAGAUGGGUAUUAAAGGAAUAUUUAAGAUAAAAAAUUAAAUACAAUUCUUCUCCUUAUCCCAAGUAGAGUCCAGCAGCCAAACCACCUUUGUUCAACGUUCAAUAGUUUCUUCUUUAGUUUGUUGCUGAAGGUGCUUAAUAAACACAUCUUCAUCUACUUGCUUCAGGUGACUUUAAGCUGUGGAAUAGAUUUCAAUUAAAUUUGUAAAGUAUGUCACAUUAUCAUAAAACAAUUCCAGUUUAAUUAUAUUGUGAUUAUAAAACAUUUCACUGAAUUUUUAAAUUUGAAUUUUUUUUUAUAUCCAACUUUAGAUUGCUCUAAAUUGCGUUAAAGGGAAAACCUAAAGUUUCUGGUUGAAUAUAUAUGCUGUAUUUCAUUUAUUAGCUGCAUUAGAAUCAUCACUCACGCUUGUCUUGGUUGUUUGACUACAUGUGUAGUGUUGCUUUGAUGAGAACAAAUUCCUGACAGCGAACUAUUUCAUAGAAGAGACACACAGUGAACACAGAGAUGAUGAAUCCUGGGAGUAAAUAAGAAAGAAGGAGGUAGGAUUCGCACCAGUGUACGUCUGCAGUCACACACUCGGUGUGUCUGGAGUAUCUGUAACAUCGCACUGACAUUUCGUCCUCCAUAUUCUGACUGGAAGUGUCAGGCAGGAAGGGUGAGAGACAUCAGGCGUGAGAAUCUCUGGCAGGAAUCUCUUGCUUUUUAUCCUCCUUACGCGUAACGAGCUGUGACAAGCACGACCUUCGCCAUACUGGCUGGGAGAGCUGAGCGUGUUAAGGACAAAUCCAGGCUGAAGUAAAAUGAUGGCAUGGUAGGGAGGAGCUGUCACUGGGAAUUUAGAUGGAAAAAAAAAUGUGUAAAAGAAAAUUGACAGGCCAAACGUUUUCCCUCACGUUGCAGGAGUUUGCAUUUGAUCAGGUUUUAGCGAAAGCUAUGAGAUUUCUGUUUUUAUUUAUUACAGUGGAUCAGAUUAUCAAUGGGACAAAACUUCACAUGCUCUUUCUUAGUAUUCUGUAUCCGUUCACAAAACUGUGCUGGAAAGUUCUUCUCAUUCUUCACCACAGAACUUGUGUAACUCGGUCAGGACCUUCUCAGGACCCUACAGACACAUUUUCUCUGGGUUUCUUCAGGUCAGGGCUUUGUGAUGGCCACUCCAAUACCUUCACUGUGUUGUCUUUUAGCCAUUGUGUUACAUUCAUCCUGAUGGAAGAUCCAGCUAGUAACUUUCUGACUGAUAUCUUGAGAUGUUUCUUCAGUAUACUUCUACUUAUCCUCCUUCCUUUAGUUUCUGUGAACCAGUAAAACACGAUGCUACCAGUCCCAUGCUUCACAGUUAGGAUGAUGUUCUUCAGAUUAAAAGCCUCACCCUUUUUUCCCCCCACACACAGAGCUGACCAUUACGCUCUAACAGUUAUGUCUUUGUUUCAUCUGACCAGAGAACACUCCUCUACAAGAUUAGAGAUCUCCUUCACACUUCACUCUGGCUCUUUUACACUGCUCCUGGAGAGGAACUUCUUCCCUGAACACCAGUCUUUAAGACCAUGGUGAUGUAGGACUCUCUUGAUGCCUCCAACUCCUUCAGCAGUUCCUUGGUUGUUGUCAGUUGAACCUUUCAGUCCAAAAGCCUUUCAGUUCUGGGAGUUCCUUUUUACUGAAUGCUGCAUCUGUGUGUUCACAAAUGGUUUAUAUUCUUAUACAGAUGUUCAUACAGAUGCUUGUGAUGUCUUCAGGUGUUUGGAUAUUGCUCAGAAGGAAAAGCCAGGUCCAAGAUUUUGUUUCUGAGGUUUUGGGAAAAAGCGCUGACUCUAAAGGUAGAGCCUUAAAUACAGCAACAGCUCGUUUCCAAAUGAACUCCUUCUUGUAACAACUGUCCACUCAGAAACUUUUACAUUUCUGGAAUCGUCCAGAUUGUUUAAGAGACAGUGAACUUUGGGGUAUGUAAACUUUUGGCCCACUGGAAUUCUGAUAUAGUGAAUUAAAGCUGAAAAAAAUCCCAUUCUAAUGAACUGUUUUGAAAUGAUGCUGAUGUAACUGACCAAAACUGGGAUUAAUAUCUUUGACGUUUAACCUAAACCUAGUAGAUGAGAUGAGGUUAAAGUACUGAACUUAAAGUACUAAAAUGUCUGUUAAUCUCUUUCAUUGAAUACACAGGACAUGAAUAACCUAAAUUCCUAGGCCACUUCCAAGUGGAAACUCAGGGUGAGGUGAGUGUCAUAGAGAACACAUUAUUUACCUUCAUUGGGACUUCAUAACACAUGCAUAAGUACUGCCUGAAUAAACGUGUUAUAGAAAGCUCCAUUUUUUUUCCACAUUAUGACUUACUUUGUCAUAUUUUUUUCAUUUGUUUGUCCCUCAGCCAACACCUUGUGUCCUCAGGUUAGCAUUUAUCCGUACAUUUAGAUGCUUCAUGAAGGUUUGAACAGAAGCCUGUACAAAAAUAAAUAAAUAAUAAUUAUGAACCUAUUAAAAUAAGAUUUUAAUUCAUUCAUUCAUAUUUUUCCCAAUUUAAAAAAUAUUCCUCUGCCUCACAAUGUAACAGAAAGCUUUGGUUGCUAAGCAUUUUUAAUCUCAGACACUUUUUAUACUUUAAAGCUAUUCUUUGAACAUGUGUGUGUGUGUGUGUGUGUGUGUGUGUGUGUGUGUGUGUGUGUGUGUGUGUACAGGUUGCAGUAUUGUUAAUGUUGUGUGUUUGGAUAAUGAAUCCCACCCUCUCUUACUUCCCUUGAUCAAAAGUUCAGUAUGUGAUGUGCACAAUAUAAUUUGACAUGUUGAUUUAUUUUGGCAUAAAUGUACAGUGUACAUACGUAUAAAUGUGUAUAUAAAAUGAG